UAUUCCAUAAAGUGGCCAUAUCCCUUCUCUCCCUCAAAUUCUGGAGCCUUUUUGCUUUCCUCCGGCGGCCGCAAACUCGCAGGAGAGGAGGCGAGAGAGAGAGAGGGAGGGAGGGAGAGAGUCAUGGCGGAAGGCGAGCAGGCGAUUCCCGUUAACCAGCAAGAACCAGUAGAAACUCUUACGGAAUCAGCUGAACGAGAAAGCAUGACUGGUGCUACUCCAGAGGUGGCUGCAGAGAAUGCUGAACCUGCUGUUGCUCAUGAAAGCAUCGGAAGCUCCGAGCCUGACGAAGGCGAAGAUCAAGAAACUGCUGCUCCAGCGGCAGUCAUCAAGGUUGAGACGGCGCCAGCAGACUUCCGUUUCCCUACGACCAAUCAAACAAGGCAUUGCUUCACCCGGUACAUCGAGUACCAUAGGUGCAUAGAUGCAAAAGGAGAAGGAGCUACUGAAUGCGAUAAGUUUGCAAAGUAUUACCGUUCUCUUUGCCCUGGUGAAUGGAUUGACAGGUGGAACGAGCAAAGAGAAAGUGGUACGUUUCCUGGCCCUCUUUAGGUAGAAGCUGCCACGUCAUGUGGCAUUUAACUUCCUCGCCGUUGCUAGAGAAUGCUUUUCCAGGAUUCCUGCAGAAUCUCUUUGGAGAUAUUAAACUAAUAAUGGUUUGGCCGUCUUGCUGCUGCGCUACGACAGUCUUUUGGUUGCUAAGUAUCGGGAACAAUUAAUAUGAGGAAGAGACGGACGGGCUUACUUUGUGAUUGCGUACUUAUUCUUUUCAUUUGAAUUGAGACAGAUCCUUACUUUGUUGAAAUCUGAAGAUGAUUAUGAAUAUCUGUGUUCCUUUUUGUCAUCGGUAUUAUACAUAAAUCUUUGUAACCCGUUUUCGUCAUAGUGAUUCAACUUUUUCCUCA